AUGUCUGCAAGCAUGAUUGCACCGUCGCUUCCUGCCAUCGCUUCCGAUCUCACCAUCAGCGCUUCUACUGCACAGAUAACCAUGUCGCUCAAUGGACCAGUCAUGGCAGAUAUGUAUGGCGAGAACGAACGCGGCAAAUCCCUGGCCAUGGUGACGCUACUGCCCUUCCUUGGUCCUGCUCUCGGACCAAUCAUCGGUGGUCUUGUUACCCAUUCCCUCCAUUGGUCGUGGAUCUUUUGGAUCAUGAGUGCUUUCAACGCAGUAGUCCUAAUCGUUGGAUUCUUCUUGAUUCGCGAAUCAUACACACCAGUCUUGCUCCGUCGCAAAGCCUUAGCCGAGGGUGGUAACGUCCCAACCACCAAAGCUGAGCGUGCUCGCAUUGCGCAGAACCUCCUGCGUCCAAUCCGCAUCUUUAUGACAAGGCCUAUCACCUGGCUUAUCUCACUGACCGCGACGUUGUCUUUUGCCGUCUAUACACUCAUGCUCGCUACUUACGCGUCGCUGUGGAUCGACAAAUACGGUCAAUCUGAGCUUGUCGGCAGCUUACAUUAUCUCUCGGUUGCAAUAGGCUCGACCCUAUGUGGUCAACUGGGCGGCCGCAUCAUGGACUGGUCGUAUCGAAGACAAGCUAAACGGACUGAUGGAAAAGGCGUGCCUGAGUUCCGCAUCCCCUACAUGGUUCCAGGAAUGAUCAUCAUGCCAGCCGGUCUCUUCUGGUAUGGGUGGUCGGCCGAGCGCACACUCCACUGGGUGAUGGUCGAUUUCGGUGUUGUUAUCUUCACGCUGGGUAGCUUCAUCGUGAACCAAGCAAGCAUCGCAUACCAGAUUGAGGAGUUUGGCCAGUUCGCAGCUUCCUCUGGUGCAGCAAUUCGUUCUGUUUCGUAUGGCCUCGCAUUUGUCUUUCCGGUUUUUGCGCCCGACAUGUACAACAGUCUGGGAUAUGGUUGGGGUAACAGCGCAUUGGGUUUCGCCUCGAUUGGUUUGGGAUUACCAGCAAGUGCUGUGCUGUGGUUUUGGGGCGGUAGGAUAAGAGCUGUUGGCAAGUCAAGCUGA